AACUCCUAUCAGAACACAUACCACACAAUGAAGUACAUAAUAGAGCAUAUGGAAGAAGGAUUUUCCGAAUGGGUGAUUCUCGAAUAUACCCAAAUCAUAAAGGAAUUAGGCAAGGAAAACUUGAUUUUGACAUCUUUGCCAGAAGCAACUACAGAAAAUGACAUUCCAAAGAGACUUUUAGACCUAGGAUUGCAAUGGACUACUAAGGAAUGUGUAGAUGUUGAUGACGGGAAAGUGGACAGAUCUAGAGUUUGUUUGUUAGACCCAGCUGCCACGCAGAACUUGACACCUUCUGAUGCUUCUGACUUUGACUAUUUCGUAUUUGGUGGCAUUUUGGGCUCACACCCUAGAGUUGACAGAACUGGUAUUUUGAGAGAGAAAUAUGGCUUUGCCGGAAGAAGAUUGGGUGAAUUGCAGAUGACCACCGACACAGCUAUAAGAACUACACAGAAGAUAGUAGAAAACCAGGUGAAGUUUGAAGAUAUCAAGUUCUUGGAUUACCCAGAAAUUAGAUACAACAAGUACGAGUCCACAGAGAUGCCCUUCCGCUACAUUGUAGAUGCUAAUGGCGAACCCAUAUUGCCAGUGGGUAUGUUGGAGUUGAUCAAACACGAUGCUGAACAGAGCAUUGACGACUUGUUACUUGAAUGAGCCUCCAAAAUAGAUGUAUAUAUAUAAAUAAGUUAUGUAUUACAAUGUAAACGUAUGUGUGCUCUG